CACCCAAAUCUGAACGGAAGUCGUCAAAUGACGUCAAGACGCGCCCAGCAUCCCUUCGAGCGGGACUUUGACUGCUAUUUGGUCACUGACGCUAAAAGUUUGAUUUCCAGCUUUGAUAACUUCUUUAUGAUUACGAGACAUGGCCCUUCAGAUCGAAGCGGAUUUACCACCCGGUCUGUCGUGUCUGAAAAAUGUUGACACCCUGCUUCGAUGUCCCAUCUGCUUCGACUUCCUCAAUAUCUCAAUGAUGACUAAAUGCUCUCACAACUUUUGCUCAUUGUGCAUCAGAAAAUUCUUUGCCUACAAGUUGCAGUGUCCAGUUUGCAAUACACAAGCGACGGAACAAGAUCUAAGAAAUAACCGUUUGUUAGAUGACCUGGUUGUAAACUUUCGAGCUGCAAGGCAGCAGUUGUCAAAAGCAACAUUUGAAUCGCCUCCAAUUUCGCCAAAGACCCCAGCUUCAGCUGUCAAAUGCAAAACACCAAGACAGAGGGGCCAGAAGUGUAACGGCUCUGUUUUGAGUCAUUUUUUCCAAAAGAGGCCUAAAACAUCUCCCACUAAGGAAACCCAGCCCGACAGCUCUGCUGCUCAGUGUGUUCAGCGGGGGGAAACGCAGACUGCACGCACCCACAAUGCAAAUGACGAUGACCUACAUUCAGAGACUGCUCAACUUCGAGUGGCUGUGAAAGAGGAGCCGAUGGAUGAGGAGGAGAUGUCCUUCCAGAGUUUGAUGUCGGUCAAACAGGAGGACACGGACUCGCACAGUAUCAGCACUGGAGCUCAGAUGCCACAUUGCUCAUCACCACCGCAAGUCGUAAAGCCCGUUAUCAAAGUGGAGUGCCCCGUGUGUUCUGUAAGUGUGCCAGAACAGUUUAUCAACAAGCAUCUGGACACGUGUCUCACCAGGGGAGAGAAGAAGGAAAGCUUGAGGAGUUGCAGAUCCCCUGCCCCAGUGAGGCGUCCAAUGGGGAAGCUGGUGUACAACCUGCUCUCCAUGCAGGAGCUGAAGAGGAGACUGAAGGAGUGCCACCUCUCUGUGCAGGGUUCUCGAGACCAGAUGAUCAAAAGACAUCGGGAUUUUGUCCAGAUAUACAACGCUCAGUGCGAUUCCCUCAACCCAAAAUCAGCUGAAGAGAUUGCCAAAGAGUUGGAGGCAAAUGAGAAGAUCAGGAAUCAGCUGCAAGGGAAAGCCAAACCUGUCUUGCUGUUCACAAAGAAUCAGUCUGAGAAGGAGAUUGAUGAGAUGCAUUUAAAUUAUAGGAAGCAGCACAGCAGCGACUUUUCUCGCCUGAUCGCCCAGGUUCGAGGUCGCCUAGAGACCAACAGACAGACACGUAUCAAACAGGAAGUCAUUGUGGUGGGAGAGGAUGAACCAAGCACACACUCUGCAGAUCAAGUUGCCAAAUCAAAAAGCUGCUUAGUGAUGAAGGUAGAAGAUGAAGAAGCUGACAAGGAGCCAUCUGCAGGAAGGACUGAUUUCCCAUCCAGCCCCACUUACAGUGACGUGUCCAUCAGCAGUUCUGUCUCGGACAUCUUCGGUCCAGAGCCUGCUUUGAACAUUGAAGAGACAGAAAAGACCUUAGUCCAAAAGAGAACAUCCAGCGCGAGAGAAGACGAUGUAGCUUCAUCGCCCGUACUUGGAAAACGACGGCGUAAGAAGUAAAGAAGGAUGGAGGAGGAAGGAGGAGAGCCAAACAUCUCUAGCAGAUCAGUUCCAAUAAACUUUUGACUGGCUUUCAAGCAAAUCAGGGAGUUGCUUUUUUAAAAAAAAAAAAACGUUUUUAUUGCACAUUCCUGUCCGACAUUGAUAGGAAUUUUCUACAGUUGCACAGAUUACUUAUUUUUUUUUAUAGUUUGAAUAAAUGUUAAGUAUUUUAACAUAUUUUGUAGUCUUGUUAUCCAUGAUGAGCUCUCGCCACGAGGAUCAGGAGGAACAAGACUAUUAAAUCAAUACUUGAAUCACAGAAACUAAAGAUUUAGCCUCUCUGUUUAGAGUGUAGACAAGAUUUCUAGUGUUAGACUCACCAUAUCCAGUGUUGAUGACCAGUGUUUUGUUGCUGCUUGUAAUUUUAUUCCUCAUUAUGUUGUUUUAUACCCCUGAAUACUUUUUCUGUUUCUUUUUUGCAUGUGUAAUAUGCAGUUUUAACUGAAAUAAAUAUUCUGUAGUUUU